CGGAGAGUGCGCGCUGUGAUGCACGCAUAGAUUAUGCUUGCCCAUCACUGCUCAUUGUCGCCAAAAGACAUUCAUUAUUUUGCCAGUAUAGCGCUGUUUUUGUCACUCCUGUUCAAUCGAGACAGCAACAGCGGCAACAGCAACGGUGGCAAUAGCAGCAGUGCUCAUCAUCAACAAAGCAAUCGAUUCCGACGCAGCCUGCAAUUAUGCUGUUCUGGCAAUGCCUUUCAGAAGGGGGUCCACAAGAGAAGGACAAGAGAAGAGCACCACUCAAAGACUCAAAAGACGUCACUCCACGGACGAAAGACGGCUCAGGAGGCCUUGAGAAGGCACAUGUGGCAAGACUCUGCAGUCGCUGCCAACUGGAUGCGCUUAACAACAAUCAUGUCUUUGACAAAGAUAUCAGAAGCAGGGGAAGGAAUAUUGAUCCAUGGCCCUAUAGAUAAAUGGUCCCACUUGAUGAGUGUAUACUUGUGUGUUCGGAAGCAUAGCGCACUAUCAGAGGCAGAGGAUGCACAGCUGUGUCUUGUCCCGGUAGUGACUUGGACUUUCCCAAGGGUCUGGCCGAUUAGUCUAGGCCCAUGCCUGGACUUGCUCUGGUGCGCGGAGGCCCAUGUGCGUCUUUGGUUGGGCUCAGCUUUAAACAACCCAGACCCUCCACAGUCUCGACCCUUGCCCUUGUCUUUGCCCUCACCUUCAUCUUUGCCCUCGCACUAUGUAAACAUUCUCUUUUCCAUGACGACUGGCUUUCUUGGCGCACUGUAUGGCGAAGCAAUACUUUGA